AUGAGUCAACAAGGAGGAUACGUCGAUCUUACUCAAAUACCACUUCCACAACUUUUAAAAUUGAAUGAGAGUCUGACAAAGGAAGUUAAUCAAUUGACAGCAUAUUUAUCAACAUUAAGAGCAGCACACAACAAAUAUGUUAGUAGUAAAUCAUCAUUGGAACAAUUAAAAAAACAAACAGAGAGUACACUUAUGGUUCCUUUAACAGAAUCACUCUAUGUUCCAGGUACAUUAAAAAAUCCAGAUAGUGUUUUAGUUGAUAUUGGAACAGGUUAUUUUGUUAAAAAGCCAAUUCCAGAGGCUCAAAAUACACUUGAAAGGAGAAUUAGACUUGUUAGGGACAGCGCUGAAAAACUUACCAAGACUAUUCAAGAUCAAAAGGAAACACUUGAAAGAGUUCAAUAUAUGGUUAAUGCAAAGAGACAAGCUGCUGCUCAACAACAACAAUUACAAAAAUAAUUAUUUAUUAAAUAUUUGAAUUUUCAUCAUC